AUGCGAUCCGCUUCGAUCUUCUCUACUUCGCUAAGUUCCUGGAAUUGGUUGAGAUCGGGAAGAGUUUGUUCCUGUGGCUCCUUGGAACGGAUUAUAAUGAUUUGGAGAGCCAACAUUGAAAAGAGUUGCAAUCGAGUAAGAAUAUGGACGGUGAACGGAGCAUACCUGCUCCAUCUCAUGGGCAAGUUGACGGCGUUCAGAAAGUUAAAGCAUUACAGGGCGGAAUGUUUCAAGGAUAGAACUGAUGUGCAAUGCCUCCAUAGGUGGCAGAAAGUUUUAAAUCCUGAACUUGUUAAAGGUCCAUGGUCUAAAGAGGAAGAUGAAAAAAUUAUUGAAUUGGUGAAAAUAAAUGGGGCUAAAAAGUGGUCAUCUCUUGCACAACAUUUACCUGGACGAAUUGGUAAGCAGUGUCGUGAAAGUGUAUUGCGCUUGGCUGUUUCAGUUGGCAUGAUUUGUAUGGUUGUACUUGUACCUGCGAUCCCAUCCUGUUGGUGGGGCAUUACAGCCAAUACUGGGCAAUUGGGUCUGAAGUGGGUUAAUCAUCUUGAUCCUACUAUAAAAAAGGAAGCAUGGACACAGGAAGAGGAGUUGGCUCUAAUACAUUAUCAUCAGAUAUUUGGGAACAAAUGGGCCGAGUUGUCAAAGUACAUUCCUGGAAGGACAGACAAUGCUAUUAAAAAUCACUGGAACAGUUCUGUCAAAAAGAAAUUGGAUUCUUAUUUGGCAUCUGGUGUGCUUAACCAGUUUGAGCCUGUACCUCAUGUUGGAAAUUCGAAUCAAUCAUCAAGGUUGCAGUGUAGUCGAGAUGAUAAUGACUCCAAGGGGAUUGAAGGAGAGGAAGUUUCAGACUGCAGCCAAGGUUCAGCUAAUGCUCGCUUUCCAUCUGCUAUGGGGAUGGGCAGUGCUGACUUACAAACUGGAGAGGCUUAUAGGCCAAAUGAAGAAUGUAGUCUUGGAAAGAAUCAUAGUCCAAGUCGAGCAUCUUGUUCAGAGCCAUAUUACGUAUCAAUUGAUGAUGUUAGUAUAUGCAUUCCUGAAAUUGCUCACCAAGAGGCAUGCACUUCUCAAUUCAUUGAGAAACAAUCACAUGAACCUGAAAAUUCUCUUAGUGGGGAUUGCCAUUUCAAUUUACAUUCCUUGCCCAAUAUUUCAUCGAUGAUCUUGGGGCAGGGUUCCUUGCAGCAAAGAGAUUGUGUAGCUCCUAGUGAAAUAUGUGAGAAAGUGACUGUUCCAUUUCAGACAUCAGAGCGGUUGGGUGUUUCAACGUCCAUGCGACCUGCAUCUUUGGAUUCUUAUAAACCUGAGCACAUGUUGAUAUCUGAUCAUGAAUGUUGCACCGUUCUGUUUUCAGAGUCAAUGAAUGAUGGGUGUUUUCCUUCUGUAGAUUAUAUUAAAGGUGAAGAUACAGCUGAAUUUUCCGGAUUCACUUCAUUUCUUUGCCAAUCUUGUAAUAUCCAGAUGUCUGAAACUGCUGGAACCUCAACUCCUCAGCUAACUUGUCCUCGGUGUUCUAAUAAUUAUGAAGGAACUUCAUCCUCCUUGUCUGUCCCUCCAGUACUUUCUGCUUGUGAUGAUAGGAUGGGUCCUAGUGCCAAUGGCAAUCAAUUAUAUGGAACAGAGGGUCACCAGUUUGUCUCCAGAGCACCUGCUCACUUUGCUUAUGUCAAUGACAUGUCCAGUUCUCCUUGUGUGGAUGGUGUAGGUACUGCAGUAAUGGAAGAACCGCUUGAUAUUCUGAAUUGUACUUCAAAAUUGGUCCCUGUAAAUAGGGAUAAUCUAACAGAGGAAAAAACGGAUGUGCAUACAGAAAAGGAGGACUCAGGAUCUCUUUGUUAUGAACCCCCCCGUUUUCCUAGUUUGGAUAUUCCUUUCUUCAGCUGUGAUCUUGUACAAUCUGGAAGUGAUAUGCAGCAAGAGUUUAGUCCCUUGGGUAUUCGCCAGUUUAUGAUGUCUUCUAUGAAUUGUCUUACUCCUUUCAGGUUGUGGGACUCACCCUCUCGUGAUGAUAGUCCAGAUGCAUUGUUAAAAAGUGCAGCUAAAACAUUUACAGGUACACCAUCCAUAUUAAAGAAAAGACACCGAGACUUGUUGUCACCACUCUCAGAUAAAAGAAUUGAUAAGAAACUGGAGACUGACAUGACUACCUUCACCAAAAACAUUUCCAGUUUGGAUGUCAUGUUUGGUGAUAAUGAGACUCAAGAAGCAGAUAUGCCUUCAUUGCAAAAACAGAACAGCAGGGCAUGUGUUGAUGAUGAGAAUAAAGAAAAUUGUGGACAAGCUUAUAAGCCAAAUAAAUCUGCAAUUUUGGAUGAGAAUCCCCAAAAAGAGACUGUUGACAAUUCUCAGCCUAAUGUCAAGCAACAGCAGCUAAAGAUUGAUCCCUCAGCUGCUGUGAUUGAACAACAACCUUCCGGAGUUUUGGUUGAGCAUGAUGUGAAUGACCUGUCGCUAUCUUCUCCUGAUCAAGUUGGUUUAAAAUCAGACAGAGCUCUGGAUUCAAGUACUAAAACUCCCAAAAACUUGAACAGUUCUUUGGAAGCCAUUCCAAAUCAGAACAGUCAUUUGAAAUUAUCUUCUAAAAAUCCAUGCUCAAGAAUUAAUUCUAAUUCUCCUUGUGUACGUGCAAAGGAGCAUGAAAAACUUUCAGUUGCUGUUACUCGUGCACAAACUGCAGGGGACAAUUCAGGGGAACAAACCAGAAAGGAUGGUGGUUUUGAAACAUGUAGCAUCCCUGGUGAUAGAAGCUAUGAUGCAAUUGGGUUGUUGAAACAGAUCAGUGAACAAACUGCUGCCACAUAUGCCAAUGCUCAAGAGAUUUUGGGAAAUGAAACUCCAAAGGCAUUAGGGAAAGAUGCAUCUGGAAACGACAAGGAUACAUUGGCUUCAAAUGCAUUGAUAGAGCGACGCACACUUGACUUUAGUGAAUGUGGAACACCAAGCAAGGGUGAUGACAACAAAUCCUCAGCUAUAAGUUUCUCAAGCCCUUCUUCGUAUCUGUUGAAAGAAGUUGCGCGACCAAACAUGGCUGCUCUCUCAUUCCUUCCACAAACCUGCCACUCUCUUUCCUUUCCGCGACAUGGCCCCCGCUUCCACCGCCACUUCCCCACCGCUCUCGCUGGUUCCCACCAACCUGGAGGCUCGGUUGAUUCUAAAACUCAAGUGUAUCGUGUUCCGCUUUUGACUUCCUCGGAGGCCAAUGCAAGGCUAAAAUCAUUUAGAGAAAAGAUAAAGGGCAAGCAACAAUUCCUUGCCAUGUAUUCUAGUAUUUUUGAUGGGAUAACAACAGAUCCAGCAUCUAUGGUUAUUCCUAUGGAUGACCACAUGGUCCAUAGGGGCCACGGUGUGUUUGAUACUGCUGCAAUAAUGGACGGAUACCUAUAUGAGCUAGAUCAACACCUUGAUCGCUUUUUAAGCUCUGCAUCCAUGUCUAAAAUCGAUCCCCCUUUUGAUCGUGGAAGCAUAAGGAGAAUACUCAUACAAACUGUAAGCGCUUCCAAGUGUAGGAAAGGAUCACUAAGAUAUUGGCUCUCAGCAGGACCUGGUGACUUUCAGUUAUCUCCCACUGGUUGCCACCAAUCAAGUCUGUAUGCAAUAGUAAUACAGGAUCUGUCACCAUCAUCGCUUGAUAUCAGGGGAGUUAAAGUCGUUACUUCAUCUGUCCCCAUUAAACACCCCAAGUUUGCUAUUACUAAGAGUGUGAAUUAUCUUCCAAAUGUACUCUCAAAGGUGGAAGCUGAAGAAGCUGGUGCUUUUGUAGGCAUUUGGCUUGAUUUUGAAGGUUUUGUUGCAGAAGGGCCUAAUAUGAAUGUGGCCUUUGUCACUAAAGAGAAGGAACUAAUAAUGCCUCACUUUGACAAAAUUCUAAGUGGCUGCACAGCUAGGAGAGUGUUAACCCUUGCCGAGAGUUUAUUAAGGGAGGGUAAGCUUAAGGGGAUAAGGAUGAAAAAUGUGACUGUUAAGGAAGGUAAGAAAGCAGAUGAAAUGAUGCUUCUUGGGAGUGGAAUUCUUGUUUGCCCUGUAGUGCAGUGGGAUGAGCAGGUUAUUGGUAAUGGCAAAGAAGGCCCUGUAACACAGGCUCUUUUCAAUCUAAUUGUUGAUGACAUGAAAUCAGGACCCUCUACUGUUCGUACACCUGUUCCAUAUUGA